GACGAACGACUCUCACCCGAGACAGUCGUGGUUUUACCUUGGUAGAUCGCACACGCGUUUCUCUCUGACCAUACCAAUAUCGAAAUUUUUUGUGUAAGAAACGAAAAGUUUAUAAUUAUAUAUGUAUAAUUUUUCAUAUUUAAUACAUUUAUAUUUUAAUUUUAAUGUAAUUCACACAUAUUAUUAAAAAAUUUCUUCAGAUAAUAAUAAAGCAAUUCAUUCAGUAUAUUUCUUCUAUGACAAUUAUAUUAUUUCAUUUCUUCAUUCGAUUUAUUAACUGUCAAUUGUAUUAUCAAAUAAAUUGAUUAAUCGAUACGUGUUUAACUCGUAUAGCUAUUUUAUAACGAUAAUAUCCAUGAUAAUAGCUACAACCGAUGAAUUUAAUAUUUUCUGAAACAUAAAUAACUGAUUAAUAAUUUUCGAGAUAAAAAAAUAAUGAUUGUAAAAAAAUUAAUUUAUUAUUAUCGAUUUCGAAUAAAAUUUCCAUCAUUAUUUAUCUUCUUUUUUACAUUAUGUGAACAGGUAAAUACUUAUGUUUUAACUAUCUUAGACGAUUUCUUCGCUCUGUUAUGAAAUGGCACAAUAUCGAAUUCUAAUUUUUUGUUUGUUGAGCUGUAUAUACUUUUUUGAGCAUGUCACGACUGAUGAACUAAUAGUAAAAAUAAAAAAUGGUACUUUAUCGGGUUUGACUUUGAAAACUAGAAAGGGCAGAGAAAUUGCUGCCUUUCGGGGUAUACCAUAUGCGCUUCCACCUCUUGAAAAAUUAAGAUUUGAGCCACCGAAACCUGCAGCAGCCUGGAAUGAUGUGCGAUCAGCUAAAGAAGACGCCAACAUAUGCAUACAAAGGAAUAUUUACAUUUAUCAAGAAGAGAUCGUUGGUGACGAAGAUUGCCUCUAUUUGAAUGUCUAUACGCCAAAAUUACCUACUGAGAAUGAUAAAUUAAAGGGUCGAUAUCCGGUUAUGAUUUGGUUUCAUGGUUGUGGAUGGAUUUGUGGUGCUGGUCAUUCGGAAUUUUAUAAUCCCAAAUUUUUAUUAGAUCAUGAUCUAGUUCUCGUGACAGUAAAUUAUAGACUCGGACCUUUGGGAUUUUUGAGUACGGAAGAUACUGUAUGUCCUGGAAAUAAUGGAUUGAAAGAUCAAUCUUUGUCCAUUCGUUGGGUACACGAAAACAUCGUCGCUUUUGGUGGUGAUCCAAAUAGCAUAACCAUUUUUGGAGAAAGCGCGGGUGGCGCUAGUGUACAUUAUCAUAUGAUAAGUAAUUUGACAAAAGGACUUAUCCAUCGAGCAAUCUCUCAAAGUGGUAACGGCCAUUGUUUAUGGACUUUAACUCGACCAGGUUUAGCAAAAAAAAAGGCCACCAAGGUUGCUGAACUUUUGGGUUGUCCUUCGAAAGAUUCAAAACAGCUUGUCGACUGUCUGCGGAAGAAGAAAGCCACUGACAUCAUCGCGACCGAUCGUGCUUUCCAAAUAUUUGGUUAUUGUCCAAUGAUACCCUUCAGACCGGUAAUUGAACCUGUUCAUCCUGGUGCUUUUUUAACCGAAGAUCCAGUAAUUUCUUCGAAACACGGCCGCGUGUUAGAUAUACCAUGGAUGACAGGAAUUACAUCCCAAGAAGGUUCCCUCGUAGCACCAGCAUUAUAUGGAAGAAACAACGGAGCUUUGAUUAAAAAAUUGAACGAAGAUUUCUUAAACAUUGCUCCAAUAACGUUAUUAUACGGGGAUACGUGCUCCAAAGAUGAACAGAAACGGGUGACUUCCGAAAUACGGAAAUUCUAUUUCGACGAUGGCCCAAUCGAUAAUUCAACGCGAUUCAAAGUGAUCGAUAUGUACAGUGACGCCUGGUUCAAUCACGCAGCUUACACUUCUGUGCGUAAUUAUCUCGCGAAACAAUCUUCUCCCGUGUAUUAUUAUUAUCUCGCGUACAAAGGAAGCGCGUCGUUCAGUAUGAUAUUUGGCGAUCCUAACAACGAUUACGGUGUAUCGCACGCGGAUGAACUUCAAUAUUUGUUCCCUGUCGGUGAACAAUUGUUCAAGAACAUUUCAUUGAGCAAGCAAGAUCACAAAAUGGUGGAUAUUAUCACAAAUCUUUGGUACAACUUCGCAAAAUUUGGCAAUCCUACACCCGAAGUGUCACAAGAUAUACCCAUUAAAUGGAAACCCGUGAGAACUCAGGCCCUAGAAUAUCUUCAUAUAGGGCAAGAUAACAUUAAAAUGUCGGAAAAUCUUAUCUCAGAGAGAAUGAAAUUUUGGGAAAGUUUGCCGAUACGAUCGGAUUUGGAUGAUGGCCGGUCAAAAUAUCAAGGAAAAGACGAAUUAUAAAAAAAAUGUUAAAAAACUGCGUUAUGAUUGUCAUGCGUGAAAAUUUAAUUCGCACAGAAAAAUGGAUAAAUGGUGUCGUCUCCUCGAUUAUUAUAUGUUAACAAAUGAACUUCAAUUUAAAAGAAAAAAAAAAAAGAAAGAAAAGAAAGUAUAUGAUACGAUACGAAUCGAAUCCACGAAAAACGUGAAAUAUUCAUCGUAUGAAAUGCUGUUGACAAUUCCAUUCGAACACAUGUAUAAAUUAUAUAUAUUAUUUAUAUGUAUAAAUGUAUAUAUCUUUACAUUCAUAAUCGCAUGAUUGCAUCAUACAAGGUUAAAAAAAAAAAGAUAUUAUUCAUUUUUUGCACUGUAAUCUUAGUAUGUUUAUAGUUGAAAGGAUUAUAUUUCUAUAUCUUCACUGAAGCAUUGUUUGCCAGCACGUUCGAUCGCGAAAUGUAAAUGAUAUCGAUAAAAAUGUCAAGAUAAAAAAGAAUUAGUGUUAUGUAUAUUAGACAUUUAAAUAAUAUAAAUAUGCAUACCUAUGUA